GCGAGGCGGGGGACGGACGCCUUUGCGCGCAGCAGAACGCGGAAGCGGCGCGGCUGAGCGCGGUGUCUCCGCGGAGCGCAGCGGGGGCCGCGGCCUCCCCCCCCCCCGCCCCCGGCGCCGCCAUGUCCUCCGAUUUCGAGAGCUACGAGCAGGACUUCGCGGUGCUGACGGCCGACAUCACGGGCAAGAUCGGGAAGGUGCCGAAGCUGUUAGGAGAUGAGAAGAAGCAGAUGGUUGCAAAUGUUGAGAAACAGCUCGAAGAAGCAAGGGAACUGCUUGAGCAGAUGGAACUUGAAGUUCGAGAGAUACCACCUCAAAGCCGAGGAAUGUACAGCAGUCGAAUGAGAAGCUACAAACAAGAAAUGGGAAAACUUGAAGCUGAUUUCAAAAGGUCACGAAUCGCCUACAGUGAUGAGGUGCGGAAUGAGCUCCUAGGGGAUGACGGGAAUUCCUCAGAGAACCAGUUGAUAAAAUUACGUGAAGAGAGGGCACAUCUGCUCGAUAACACAGAGAGGCUGGAAAGGUCAUCUCGGAGACUAGAGGCUGGAUACCAAAUAGCAGUGGAAACCGAGCAGAUUGGACAGGAGAUGCUGGAAAACCUCAGCCAUGACAGAGAGAAGAUCCAGCGUGCUCGAGAAAGGCUUAGAGAAACAGAUGCAAACCUGGGGAAGAGUUCCAGGAUUUUGACAGGAAUGUUGCGAAGGAUCAUCCAAAACCGGAUUUUGAUCGUUGUUCUGGCAGUCAUCAUCAUCUUCACCACCGUGAUGGCUAUUUAUUUUUCUGUCAAGGGACGCUGAUAUCUUUGUUCUUUACUAAACAUCAACAAACUGCUUGUUCUGAGUAAUUAAGACAAAGUGGUCACAUGAAUCAUUCUCUUGCACUGACAGAGUAUCCCUCUCCUUUCCACUCUUCAACUCAGGUGCAAGUGGUGUAAAAUAUUUUGUAUUAUUGAUGGCAUAGUUGAUGGCAUGUAGAGUUGAUUAUUUUUUCUUACAUUUUUUGUCCUUAUCUGAGUGCUUUCAGAAUCUUAAUAUUUGUUGGGGUGUAGGCUUGUUCUGGUAUAAAAAGACUUAAUGUGUGUCGAAUUCUACCCCAGACAAUUAGCCUGUAAAUUGCCAGAGUUUAGCAAGGGAAGAGGGGUUAUUGCACUUUUCUUGUGCUGUGCGGGGUGUAUGAAUAUCAAGCAGUAUCUGACCUUUUAUGAUAUAGGAUAUAAGUAAAGCAGACACCAAAUGGUGUAGAAAGUGAACCUGUCUCCUGUGACUAACUUCCAAUCAUGAGUUAUCAUAAUAGACAUAACCUGAUUAAGAACAGUAGUUAGUUUUAAAAACAGAGCAACCUUAGGAUGAUGUUUAAUACCUGAUGUGAAUCCAACACUCUAUUUAACUUUUUUUUUUUUUGAAUUAGGUUUUCUUUUCUGCUUAUUCAAAUCAAUUCCACUUUCAUCAAGGUCAUGAUAAUGCAUCAUUUACCCAAAAUGUUGUUGUGACCACAGCCCGCCUAUUUAAUGUGUUUUAAAUCUUCUAGUGUUGAUAUAUGUACUGAGAAGCAUACACACUAGGCCCUUAUUGAAGAUGUGUAAAGAUACCUAUCUAUUCAUUGCUGAUUGAAAAGGAUCCUAAGUAAUAGUCUGGUGGCAAAUACAUGAUUACAGUGCAUUAAAAAAGAAUCUAGAUUUUUAAUAUUGGCCUGACUAAGUUGAGACUGCAUGUUGGAAAUAUUUUUAGCGUAUUAAAUGCUGAUGUGAUAUUCCCCUUUUUAAACAGAAACUGUAAAUAUGUUAAUUUAUACAUGCUUUUAGUUGAUAUAAUAUAUCAUAGUUUCAUCUACAUGUGUGUAAAUGAGCUGUGUUUCUCUUUUCCUAUUGGCUAUGCUUCUCCGAUAGACAGGUCUGGGUCAUUUGGCUUAUAAUUAAGCUUACAACUCCAGCAGAGGUCUAUUUCUGGUGAUGUGGUGAAGUAAUUUUCAUGAUAACUUUUAAAUUCAUUAUAUGCAAUCUCUUACAAUUAUUACAAAUUGAGGAUUGAGGGAUUUUAAGCCCUUGAAUUUAGCUGAAAAAUCUUUUCAGAAAGAUGUUCAAAGAAAAAAAAAGCUGGUGGCUUUCAAACUCCCCCCAAAUUUGGUAGGAACCGAGUACCAAAUUCUCAUGUGUGCCUUAGUACUUUUGGGGGUUUGGCAUCCCUGCAGUCUCUACUGACUUGCUGUGCUGUCCCCGCAAGUUGAUUUUGGGAUAAACAUCUGGGAGUUGAUUCUGGCCCUAAUAAUGUAAAUAUGUCUCCAGUUUUCUCUACACAGAAACAAAUAACUCAGCUAAAAGGGUGCUGAUACUGAUGCCCCAGCUAAGGCAUUGAAAGAUAGUGAUAAAUGCAAAAUAAAAGGUACCACAAGAAAAACGACGGUUAUUGAAACAAAUGGAAGUGCGUAUGGUCAACUGUGGUUUCUGAGUUACACGCAGCUCACAACUAAGUUCAGAAAUGGUUUCUGGUACAGAAGUUCCUGG